AUACAUGCGGCUUUAGCCAAUUUUUCUAUUGACUGAGGAUGGAUCAGCCCACAAAUACACAGACCCAACAUCAACAUGAGCCCAUCAGCUUUGGGAUUGACCAGAUUCUGAACAAUUCCGACCAGGAAAACUCUUCUCAAGUUGCUCCCCGAGGCUCGGACAACGCCAGUUACCUGAGCAGUCCGGUCAGCCGCUCAAGCGCCCCUUAUUCCUCGCUCACUGCCUCUUUCCCUUGCAUCGGGGCAGCCUUUGACGACUCGGGAUCUUACAGUGUAAAUCUAAGUUUAGCUCCAGCUGGAGUGAUCAGGGUGCCAGCUCAUCGACCUAUCCCUGGUGCGGUCCCACCUCCCAUUUCCAGUGCCAUCCCAACCAUGCCAGCUGUGCCCGGCUUUGGCAGCCUUAACUUCCCCUGGAUGGAGAGCAGCAGAAGAUUUGUUAAAGAACGAUUUUCAGCUGCCGCAGCCUUGACUCCAUUCACAGUGACCCGCAGGAUCGGACACCCUUACCAGAACCGGACGCCUCCCAAGCGUAAAAAACCGCGCACGUCGUUCUCCAGAGUUCAGAUCUGUGAAUUGGAGAAGCGAUUUCAUCGCCAGAAAUACCUCGCUUCAGCCGAGAGAGCCGCCCUAGCCAAAUCCUUAAAAAUGACGGACGCUCAAGUAAAGACAUGGUUCCAGAACAGGAGGACAAAAUGGAGGAGACAGACAGCAGAAGAGAGGGAAGCAGAGAGACAACAGGCAAAUAGACUAAUGCUACAGCUGCAGCACGAUGCUUUCCAGAAAUCACUGAGCGACUCCAUCCAGCCAGACCCGCUGUGUUUGCACAACUCUUCUUUAUUUGCACUUCAGAAUCUACAGCCCUGGGAGGAAGAGAACAGUAAGAUCCCUCCAGUUACCUCUCUAGUGUGA